AUGUCAGGAGUAACGACGCCUACAACGUUACCUGAAUCGCUUGAAGAAGCGACGGCGAAUUCUAGUGCGCCUUCGCAACAACAAUCAAGUCCACCCACUUCGCCCGCGACCAAGUCCGAUCAAGAAGAUAUGAAGAUGGACGAUGUUGAUAAGGAGACUGAAUUGGAGAAACCUGAUGGUGCGGUGGGAAAGGGUGACGAUGAUGAGGAUGAGGAUACGGAGGGUAUGGAUAUGAAGGCUAGAGCUUUGUCGAAGUUACUUCAGACCAGCUCUGUUUUUGUGGCUAUCAUGUCCGAUAAGAUGAGAGCGCAGCAACAACAACAAGAGGCAGCAAGGAAAGCUGCGGCAAAGAAACAGGCUGCACAAGCCAAGGAAGCUCCAUCGACAACCGGGCGACGCAGUACUCGUUUAAAAACCGGUGACGAUGCAGAGAAAGACGCCGAAGAACACGCUAACCGUACACAAUCAAAGAAAGCCCCUGCAAAAAAGGGUGCGAAAAAGAAUGCUGCGAACAACAAGAGCAUAUCGAGUUAUUUCAAGAAAGCUGAUGUGGAAGUCAACGGAGAUAAUCCCAGCGUGCAGGAAGCAUUGGCGCAAGCAGCAGAUGAAUUGGAAGCGAAACCGUCGGCACUCGGCGAACAAGAAGGCCUCGUAGCCACUGAGCAACCGUUGCUAGUAACCGGCGGGAAAAUGCGCGAGUAUCAAUUGGAAGGUUUGGAGUGGAUGAAGUCGCUCUGGAUCAACGGAUUGUGCGGUAUUCUCGCCGACGAAAUGGGUCUCGGCAAGACGGUUCAGACGAUCUCGUUAAUUGCCUUUUUCAAAGAGAAUAAUAUCUCUGGGCCUUUUCUGAUUGCAGCACCGCUGAGUACAGUCAGCAAUUGGGUUGAUGAAUUUCAGAGAUGGACUCCUAGUAUCAAAACGGUAUUGUACCAUGGCUCUAAGCCCGAGCGUGCGGAACUUCGGAAACAGAUGAAGUUGAAGGAUCAGAAAGAUGCUGAUUUUCCUGUCAUUUGUACAUCGUAUGAGAUUUGUAUGAAUGAUCGAGCCUUUUUGUCUCAGUUCUCAUGGAAGUAUAUCGUUGUGGACGAGGGUCAUCGUCUGAAGAAUAUGAACUGUAAACUGAUCAAAGAACUUCUCACUUACCAAUCCGCAAACCGAUUGCUUAUAACUGGAACACCAUUGCAAAACAACAUCUCCGAAUUAUGGUCGCUCCUACACUUCUUACUUCCCGAAAUCUUCAACGACCUAGACAGCUUCGAAAGCUGGUUUGACUUUUCCUCUGUUUUGGACAAGAAUGGUCAGAAGGAUGUGAUCGAAAGACGCAAGCGAAAAUUGGUUACUACCAUGCAUGCUAUUCUCAAACCGUUCCUGUUGCGACGAGUCAAGACCGAUGUUGAGACUAGUCUCCCUAAGAAACGAGAGUACAUUCUAUACGCUCCAUUAACCUCGGAGCAAAAGGAGCUCUACAGGGAGAUCCUGAGCGGCACUGGUCGUCAGUAUUUGGAAAACAGGGCCAUUGAACGUAUCGAGACCAGAAGUGGACGAGUCUCGCGCUCGACAAGUCUGAAGAGAGGAGCGGAUGAUACGGGAUCAAUGGCCCCAUCCAACAAGAGCGUAAAGUCUACUCGGUCCUCAACACCAAGCAGUAUUAGUGGUCGGACACGGAAGGGUCGUCAAAGUUACAGGGAAAUUGGCGACCGGGAAUUCAAUGCUCAACUCCGCAAACUCGAGAACGGUAUUGAGGACGAGGAAGAAAAAGAAGACAGUCUCGGUGAAACGGAACAAGAAGAGAUUGAGCGUGCCAAAACCAUCAAAUUGGCCAAGAAGGAAAUCGGUAGCAAAAAGCUUCAGAAUCCAGUUAUGCAGGCCCGUUUGGCGUGUAACUCUCCACACAACUUUUACUGGCCCUGGGGCGACGAUUCCUCUACGGUUGAUGAAACGCUCGUCACUGCGUCCGGCAAGAUGUUACUUCUCGAUCGGUUGGUGCCUUGUCUCAUGCAAAAGGGCCACAAAAUCCUCAUAUUCUCCCAAUUUAAGACCCAGCUCGAUCUUAUCCAAGAUUGGGCUACUCAGCUCCGCGGCUGGAAUUGCUGUCGAAUCGAUGGUGGAGUAAGCCAGAUCGAUCGUCGGGCUCAAAUCAAGGCUUUCAAUACCGAUAAGAACUUCAAGAUCUUUCUACUGUCCACCCGUGCGGGAGGACAAGGGAUCAAUCUAACAGCUGCAGAUACCGUCAUCCUCUUCGACUCAGACUGGAAUCCGCAACAAGACCUACAAGCGCAGGACCGCGCACAUCGAAUCGGCCAAACACGUCCAGUCAUAGUCUACCGCCUCGCAACCAAGGGAACAGUUGAACAAACCCUCCUAGAAAAAGCAGACUCCAAACGUCGCCUCGAACGCCUCGUCAUUCAAAAAGGCAAAUUCAAAAGCUUGCUUGAAAAUAACACCAAUCAAAACGACGUGGAGGAUAUCCGCAAAGCUCUCGGUGAAGACGAAUUCGAGCAAUUUCAUAUUCAGUCUGAUGAUCCAGAGUCAAUUCUUUCGCAACAUGAUCUUGAUAUCUUGACAGAUAGAAGUGAAGAGGCUUAUUUGCGUGCUGAGAGGGGCCUGGAGGAGAGUAGUGGACGCGCUUUUCAGGCUGUUGAGACGAAGGAGGAUCAGGGGUUUAUGGCUGAGUUGACUGUUCGGUAA